AUGGAUAUUGGAAUUGGAAUUGGAGCUUUUAAGUUUUAAAAUUUAGUAAGCAAUGAGAUGAAAAUAACUAAAGAUCCUGAACAUAAAACAAGAAUACGAUCUCAAUCUCGAAAAUCCAUUUAAGAGAAAUGCAAGUUUUAAUUCUAAAAUUCUAAGAAAAAGUUUGCACAUAAAUAAUAAGAAUUUGAAUGCAAAGAAAAGUUUUAAACUGAAGUAAAUGAAGGAGAUAGUUCAGAUAGUUAAAUGGAUGAUAUUUAAUUAUUAGAAUAUAGAAGAAAAAAAAAAUAGGAAUUUGUUUUUGAAGUUUCUGAUUUGAGUAGUUCAGAAAGUUUUGACUCUGAAAUAGAAAAUGAUAAUCAUUCUGAAAAACGUGAUAAUCCUAAUCAAGAACAACAUUAAAAUGCAAGUUAAAAUCUCAAAAAUUUAGCUUAAUCUAAUAAUUUAAGUUUAUAAUCAUAAAAUACAUUAUAAUUAGUCAAUAGUAAUAAAUCUUAAAAACAUUCAAUUAUAACAAAAAAAUAAAAAAUUUUAAAAUCUUUUAGACCAGCUCUGAUAAAAAAAGAUUUUCAAUUAUUACGAAGUUUAAAAUAAAAUUAAGACUUUCUCAAUAAUGAUUUAGCUACAUUAGAAGAAUAUAAAAUUGAUAGAGAGAUUGUUGUUGAUAUGGAUUGUUAAGAUAUUCAUACUUUUAUGAGAUUAUAGAAUGAAGUUGAAGAAAUGAGAAGAAAAUAAAUGGAUUUUAAUAAAUAAAAGGAAAGACAUUAUGAAAUUGUAAAGAAUAGAUCAAACAAUUAACCAAAUAAAAUUGCUACUAAACCGGAUGAAAAUAAAUUAUGGAUUGUAAUGAUGGCUAAAAAAUUUAUUAAAAGUAUGAAAGAUAAGAAAAACAAUGAAUCAUUAAACAAAUUACCUUCUCAACAACCAGUUAUUAGAAAAAGUACAAGAGGUUCUUAAAUUAAAUAAGUCUCAUGA